CAUCCUGCGGACCAUCCACCGGUAAGGGGUCGUCCUCCGUUGCUCCAGAUUAAAAAUAUCCUUCGGUAAGGUCUGUGCGACCAUCCAUCCUUUCCUUUGACACUUGGACAUCCCGUCCAUAUAUACUAUACCUGUGUCUUCAUCGUUGUACUCCACACCAAGCAACUGUUGUAGCUUACAGCCAUGGAAAAAACUAAUCCCAAAGUCUCCGACUCCGACGAUGCUCAUUCUCCGUCAGAGAACGAGAAACACGUCGAAGGCGGUGUUCCCGUUGAUGUUAUCACCGUCCCAGAUCCAGAUGAAGGCCUCAGUGAAGAAGAACGGAAGCGGAUUGAUCGCAAAUUGCUCUGGAAACUCGACAUUCAGUUGAUCCCAUGGCUUUGCUUGCUAUACCUGAUUUCCUUCCUGGAUCGAACCAAUAUUGGAAACGCCAAAAUCGACGGCCUUCAAGAAGACUUGAACCUGACCAAUAACGAAUACAAUGACACUUUAACCAUAUUUUUUAUUUCGUAUUCCCUGUUUGAGCCUUUGACACAGAUUUUGUUGAAACGGUUCCGGCCAUCGAGAUUCCUUCCUACGAUCAUGAUCCUAUGGGGUAUCUGCAUGACCACCAUGGGUCUUGUCCACAAUUUCUCCGGUCUCAUGGCAGCGCGAUGGUUCCUUGGGUUGAGUGAAGCUGGUCUCUUUCCUGGCGUCAAUUACUACCUGUCUUGUUGGUACAAGCGGUCUGAGUUUGGUAUUCGAGCGGCGAUCUUCUUCUCAGCGGCGGCUCUUGCUGGUUCAUUCGGUGGCUUAUUAGCCGCGGCCAUCGUCCAGAUGGAUGGUGUGGGAGGCAAGCCGGGUUGGGCAUGGAUCUUUAUCCUCGAAGGUCUUGCGACGAUUGUCGUUGCCGGGCUGUCAUAUUUCAUGGUUCAUGAUUUCCCCGACGAAGCCAAGUUUCUCAGCGACGAUGACCGGCGUCGUGUGAUUCGACGCCUGAAACUUGACAAACAAUCUAGCGCUGAGCAUGAAGCAUUCAAGAUGCAGUACUUCUGGGCGGCGGCCAAGGACUGGAAGACCUGGACAGGCGCCAUGAUUUACAUGGGCUGUGAUGGCGCGCUUUAUGCAUUUUCUCUUUUCAUUCCCACCAUCAUUCAGCAAAUGGGUUAUAAGAGUAUACACGCCCAGCUGCUUAGCGUACCGCCCUAUGCUGUGGCCGCCGUGGUAACGAUUUUCGUUGGUUUUAUUGCGGAUAGGACCAGGAUGAGAGGCUACUGCAACAUGGUGAUGGCCUUGUUUGGUAUAGCCGGUUUCGCCAUGCUUCUGGGCUCGGGAGUACCGCACGUCCAAUAUGCAGGCACAUUCUUGGGCGCCAUGGGAAUAUACCCAUGCAUUCCGAAUACGAUCACCUGGACGGCGAACAAUGUUGAGGGUGUCUAUAAGCGUGGUAUUGCCUUGGGAUUUGUGAUCGGGUGGGGCAACCUGAACGGAAUUAUGUCUAGCAAUAUCUACCGAGCACAAGACAAGCCUCGAUUCCGACCUGGCCACGCAGUGGUUCUCGGCUACGAAGCCAUCUUCCUCCUAGGUGGCAGUAUUCUGCAGCAUAUCCUGUUGAAGAGAGAGAAUGCCAAGCGUAGGGCGGGUGAAAGGGAUGUCUGGGUGGAGGGCAAGACUGAGGAAGAGAUUGACAAAUUAGGGGAUUUGAGGCCGGAUUUCAUCUAUACCCUUUAGUGCUGCGAGGGAACUCUGGUAGAGAGAACGGACGGUCGAAGGCUCCUGUUGGGAGGAGCGGAAGGAGGGCAAAUCCAAGUGCUGUGUUGGGAGAAGGGAAACGGGCUCUGGGAGAUGCGGCGUCUCAAGCAGAGACCCGAAUUAAUACAGAACCGUCCGGAAAUGAUUGAGAUUCAAACUCCAGGAUAAAAACGGGAUGGCUUGUGUCAACAUCAAUCCUCGUAUAAACGGCGAUCUCGAAUAACGCGUGCAGAGCUAUAACCAGACAAGAAUGUAGAGACCAAGAUCAGCAGUCUACAGCAUGCAUUGAC